GCCCUGCCCCGCUGCCCGCCCUGGUGGCCGUCUGGGGGCGACAAGUCCUGGGAGAACCAGACGGAAGUGCCGCUGGGACUGACACGUGGACUUGGGCGGUGCUGCCCGGGUAGGUCGGCCUGGGCUGGGAGGCAGCCCCGGGACACAGCUGUACCCACGCCGUCUGAGCACCCCAAGCCCGAUGCAGCCAACCCCAGACGAGGCCCGGAGGGACAGGGCCGGGGACAGCCAGUGGUCCAGGCCCGAGUGCCAGGCAUGGACAGGGACGCUGCUGCUGGGCACAUGCCUGCUGUACUGCACCCGCUCCAGCAUGCCCAUCUGCACUGUCUCCAUGAGCCAGGACUUUGGCUGGAACAAGAAGGAGGCCGGCAUCGUACUCAGCAGCUUCUUCUGGGGCUACUGCUUGACGCAGGUUGUGGGCGGCCACCUCGGGGACCGGAUUGGGGGUGAGAAGGUCAUCCUGCUGUCAGCCUCUGCCUGGGGCUCCAUCACAACCGUCACCCCGCUGCUCGCUCAGCUGAGCAGUGCCCACCUGGCCUUCAUGACCUUCUCACGCAUCCUCAUGGGCUUGCUCCAAGGGGUUUACUUCCCUGCCCUGACCAGCCUGCUGUCACAGAAGGUGCGGGACAGUGAGCGAGCCUUCACCUACAGCAUGGUGGGCGCCGGCUCCCAGUUUGGGACGCUGCUGACCGGGGCAGUGGGCUCCCUGCUCCUGGAAUGGUACGGCUGGCAGAGCAUCUUCUAUUUCUCCGGCGGCCUCACCUUGCUUUGGGUGUGGUACGUGUACAGGUACCUGCUGAGUGGAAAAGAUCUCGUCCUGGCCUUGGGAGUCCUGGCCCAAGGCCUGCCGGUGUCCAGGCACAGCAGAGUCCCCUGGAGACGGCUCUUCCGGAAGCCUGCUGUCUGGGCAGCCGUCAUCUCCCAGCUCUCUGCAGCCUGCUCCUUCUUCGUCCUCAUCUCCUGGCUGCCCACCUUCUUCAAGGAGACCUUCCCCAACGCCAAGGGUUGGAUCUUCAACGUGGUGCCUUGGUUGGUGGCGAUUCCUGCCAGUCUAUUCAGCGGGUUUCUCUCUGAUCAUCUCAUCAAUCAGGGUUACAGAGCCAUCACGGUGCGGAAACUCAUGCAGGGCAUGGGCCUUGGGCUCUCAAGCGUCUUUGCUCUGUGCCUGGGCCACACCUCCAGCUUCUGUGAGUCUGUGGUCUUUGCAUCAGCCUCCAUCGGCCUCCAGACCUUCAACCACAGUGGCAUUUCCGUUAACAUCCAGGACUUGGCCCCGUCCUGCGCCGGCUUUCUGUUUGGUGUGGCCAACACAGCUGGAGCCUUGGCAGGUGUCGUGGGUGUGUGUCUGGGCGGCUACUUGAUCGAGACCACGGGCUCCUGGACUUGCCUGUUCAACCUUGUGGCCAUCAUCAGCAACCUGGGGCUGUGCACCUUCCUGGUGUUUGGACAGGCCCAGAGGGUGGACCUGAGCUCCACCCACGAGGACCUCUAGCCCCCAACCCCACAGCCUCUCCGAGGACCCAGGCACCGGCAGCCCCGGGACAGAGGGGACUCAGUGUGUGGGACUUGGUCACUUCAUGUCAGACGCAUGAGCAGAGAGGAACUGCUGUAGAGCCUGAAGCUCCUUAAGGAGAGUCCACACCAGCUGGCAGGAGGGUGGGGUGGGCCUGGGUCUGGACUAGGCUCGCUGCUCUGUGGGCCUCAGUUUCCCCACCUGCCAGCGGGCUCGGCCCUGUCCUCCUCACAGGCUGGUGUGGCCGUUCGGGUGAGUGGAGUUAUUGUUAGUCGGCGCAGCCUCAUUCCCACCACGAUCUGUUCUGCGUGGUUCUGCCAAGCCUCCCACAGUGCUGUGGGUCCCGCCAAGGCUCCCAUGCCUGCCGUGGGUCCCGCCAAGCCUCCUGCAGCCGCCAUGCUCUCCGCAAGCCUCCUGCAGCGCCCGCCUGCCAAUGUGAGGCUGGCACCAGGCUGCAGCCUCCCCAGCCCCAGCCCACUUUGCUGUGUCUCUGGCAGGACGUCCUCCGUAGUGGGAGCCGCCCUGUACGCUGUAGGAUGCUUAAAGGCAUCCCUGGCCUCCACCCACCCUUUGCCAGCAGCACCUACCCUCCCUCCUCCCAGUCAGACAACAGCCAGAAAUGUCUCCAGACUCUGCUCAGCCUCCCCCGGUAGCCACCCUCGAGACACGACCUCAGAGUCUCUGUGUCUCCCAGCAGCCUGACAGAGACCCCCAGGGCACGGGUGGGUGGCGGGUUAGAGACCCUUGCCCUUCUCUGGGACCCUGGCGCCGCUCUCUCCUCCUGUGGAUCCCUCUGCACUAACAGUGUUCUCAGUGGGCAGAUGCCUGGGCACCCCUUGGGCCCUGCCCAGCAUGGCCAUGGCACAGGUUCUCGAACCCGCAUGGCUUUCCCUGGCCUGGUGAUUCUGCUCUCCAGGGACAGCUGGCACCUUCCUCAGGGGCGGGCCCCAUGCACCAGAACACACAGACCCACCUUUCUGGCUUCCUUCCUUCCUUCCUUCCUUCCCUUCCUUCCCUUCCCUUCCUUCCCUUCCUUCCUUUCCCUUCCUUCCCUUCCUUUCUUUCUUUCUUUCUCUUUCUUUCCUUUCCUUUCCUUUUC